AUGGCAGACGCAGAAUGGGAGGUUCAUAAAGCUGAGAUCAAGCGCCUUUACCUCAGAGAGAACAAAAAGCUAGAAGCGGUCUUGCAGUUCAUGGAAAAAACACGCGGAUUUCGCAAAACGAAAAAUCAAUACACGGCAAGGCUUAAGAAAUGGGGGUUCAAGAAAUAUCGCAUGGGCGCUAUCAAGUGGAGACACGUCAACCGAGAAAUGCAAAAGAGGGCAGCAGAAGGACAGAACCUCGAAGUUUGGUUCGAUGGGGUCUAUUACCCUCAAAAAACCGUGCAGUUUGAGAUUCAUCGACAGGGUUUUCAGAGAGAGAUUGACAAGUAUCGUCGAGAAUCAUUAUCCCCAACCCCUGAAGGACUUAUUGUCUGCUCUCCUGGUCCGUCGAUCUUGCAGAUUACAUGGCCACCGAAUCUCCCAUGGUUCAUUUUCUCCAAUAUUGCGCUGAGCAGGUUACAAAAUGGCCAUAGCAACUCAUCUAUUUCACUGGGUCAUCUUCCAGGGGUUCAAGAAGAAGAGCUACCUUCCAAAGUUAUUGAACGCGGUCUCAUCAAUUCUCUCGGUUCACUUAUGAUCGGAAACCAUGCCAAAGUGCUGCGCACUGGACGCAAUAUCUCGAGAGUAGCAGCAGCUCUGAGUUCAAUAAUGCCCGAACAAAACGAAGGUCAAAACCUUCACCUAGCCGAACGUCUUUGUAGCCUCAGAGGUGGCAGUGAUGCUGUGGAGCGCUUACAAGUGGCUCUUUUCCUGCUUUCCAACGGAUUUGAAAUCGGUGAGCCUGAUGAGUGUUCACGGUCAAAUAUCUCCUUGGAUGGAUACUCGGAUGAUGGGAAGCUAGGAGAGCCCAGAAUCAGCAAGGAAGAUCAAACGAUCAUGGCAAUAUUCUAUCUAUCCGGCCUGGAUACCGUCAGCAACCUCGAAUAUCUACUGUCCCUCCCCGGAGCAACAGCACAUGCCAUAUCGCACAAGCUUUUUGCGAGCGCGGUGAGAUCUCAGGAUAUAAGAACGGUUCGCAUGGCUUUGGAAGCUGGAAUGAGCCCUGAUACCCCGAUUUUCCAUGAGGGAUUACUUAUGCCACCUUUGAUACUGGUUUCCAGCUUCAGAGACCCCCGAGCAGCCCUUGACAUGUGCAACUUGUUCUUCUCCUAUGGCUCUGGGCUCAAGGAUACCGAAGUGAUGGAAGGGGCGUUUUGCAAAGCAAUCCGCUCAAGAAAUAUUGAGCUGGUCAAAACUUUUCUGGCUCGAAAUAUUCCUAUAUCAGGAAAGGCACUAGGGGCCGCGAUUGAAACGGGAGCUCCCGACCUUCUCUCGGUGCUCCUUGAUGUUGACCCCGAUAUCAACAAACGGGCCUCAGGCGCCUUUUCAAUCCUCGGACUUGCUGUAUACCGAAACGAUGCUUCUCUGACAAAGUAUCUGCUUGGCUUAGGCGCAGAUGUUGACGCGAUCGAUGGUGUGAGGUUCAGCGAAAAUGGCUUUUUCACGUCAACAACACUUGGACUCGCGAUCAGGGAAGGUAACGACGACAUAAUCGAUCUUCUCUUGGAAGCUCAUCCAAAUAUCAACCACCAAGAAGCAUCAGAUCGGUAUAUCCCCCCAAUCGUUUUAUCGGUUGGAUAUGGCGCCACCAAUCUAACACGACGUCUGUUAUCCGCGGGUGCAGAUGUCUCUACUGGUGAUGGAAUCCAAGGAAUGACCCUCGUGCAGCGAGCUCUUGAGAGAGAUGAUCUCGAACUUUCCAGGCUUCUCAUCUCCCACGGAGCCGGAGUAGAGCCGACUCAGAUGGAGGAUUACUAUACUUCCAUUCUGUAUGAGAAUGUCGCGAUGAACAAUCUUGACACUGCAAUUUCUCUAUUGAGUUGGGGCGCAAGGAAGGAUGAAAUUUACCGCGAGGCUCCAGACACCAUCCUCGGCGCAGCCAUCGCAGGUGGGCAUUGUGAAAUGAUAGAAUCUCUUCUUCAAGCCGGAGCGACAAAUACUGGGCAAAGACUGAUUCAAAUUGGAAACUUGAAAACUGCAAUAUACUUGGAACAGCUUGGACUGCUGCCUGAAAUCUUCCAUCGCUAUGGUCAACCGAUACUCGUGUCCGCCAUCAUCAAUAAAUCUUGGAGAAAAGAUGAUGGUCUUGUCCAAUAUUUGCUCGAUCGUAACGUUGACAAGCAGCCCAAAAAUGUCGGUCUUAAGCCGUUUGCUAUGACGGCAAAGUCUUCUAAGGAGCGGCCUCGCUUUUCGAAAAGAUGGCCUGGGUGGCAUUUGCAUCUUUUUAGGGUCUGCACAUCUCCACUUGAAGCUGCAAUUGGCUUCUUGGAUUUUCCAGAGAGACUUUCAUUUGCAAAGAUUUUGAUUGAACGAGGAGCAAGCAUCGGAGACCUUGAACUGACAAGGGCAGUCGAUCAGGAUCAAUUCCAUCCGAAAAAUUCUGGAAUUCUACAACUGUUGUUGGACAAUUUGUCACGGCAGCCUUGUGCUGUCCCAAAUGCCUUCGGGAGGGCUUUGCAGUAUGAUCCCAUGGUUGUGCGGCGCUUUUUGGAAAUUGAUCUUGACCCCGGAGGCAAAGUCGUUGCCGACAGCAGGUCGGACGGUAUUUUCCUGUACCAGCUGCAUGGAACAAUCGACUACACAAUGCUCGGUUCUAUCCUAGAGAUAGCAGUCACUUGCCGCGAUGGUGGGUUAUUCAGGACUCUUCUACAUGCCCGAACAUGGACUGCCGUUGAGAAAGGACGAGCGCUCACCACAGCCCUGUAUUACAAGCGUAAAGCCCGGGUAGAGGAUUUAUUGAGUUCGGGUGCGGAUGUGAAUCAGGGGGUCGAGAUAGAGCGUAACGCGUAUCCGCCACUUUGGCUCGCGGUUGAAAAGCAGGAUAUCUUUCUAACAAGGCAUUUUAUUGCUCUCGGUGCUGAUAUAGAAUGGAGCGUCUUGCGGAUGCCAAAUGGCAAAGAACAAACAAUCCUCUCCACUGCAGUGCAGACCAGAAACAGGCACAUAGUAAAGGUUCUUCUUGACGCAGGGGUAAACAUCAACCGACCAGCCUCGUCUUACCAUGGAAAAACGGCAUUACAAGACGCGGUGGAAGAGGGAAGUGCUCAAAUAGUGGACAUGCUAUUGGAUGCUGGAGCAGAUCCUAAUCAGGACGCGGCUGAAUUUUGGGGCGGAACAGCGCUCCAAUUCGCUGCAAUCAAAGGAUAUAUCGGUAUUGCUCGCAAACUGCUUGCAAAGGGAGCAGAUGUCGACGCAGGAAAAUCCUUGCGAUAUGGCAGAACAGCGUUGGAGGGCGCUGCGGAACACGGCCGCAUUGAGAUGCUACAGCUUCUUCUGAAUGAAGGUGCAUCAAUUGAGGGACGUGGCCGUCGCCAGUACAUUCGAGCGAUCAAAUUGGCGGAAAGUAAUGCUGAAUUCGGUGCAGCAAAGCUCCUCAGAGACCAUGGGUUUUGGACUGGGCCGGAUGCAAGGCAGUAUGAACAUGAGAAGUUUGAUUUUCAUGAGAAACGCUGGGACUCUCAGAUGUCAAUGCCGCACCACACGAGAACAGAUCAAGAUCACGCAUCAGAGCUAUAA